GGGAGAAGAAAAGAGAGAAUGUAAAGUGAAAGGGGAGAGAGGGAUCAGAGGAGGAGAGAAGGUAAAGUGGGAGGGGAGUGAGAUCAGAGGAGCGAGAGUAAAGAGAGGGAGAGGAGGAGGAAGUCGUCUUCUGCUGCUUUAGGUUUGUAGACUUAGGUUCGAGCACACAUCAUGGAGUCCAAAAACCACACGACACUUUGAGAUGACCCAUACACUUUGGACUGAUGUAGAAGUGGACAUGAGAGAUGGCUCUGCUGAGGAAAAUAAACAGGCUGCUGGUGGCAGUAUUAUUGCUGCUACUGUGUCUCUUGCUGCACUCGGCUCUGCUCAGAGGAAACUCCAUUCAUACACACACAGGUCCUCGCAGGAGCCAUGACCUUGCUCUCCGUCCCGACGCAGUGAUCCCAGUGCUCCUCUGCGCUGCGGAGGAGAGGCUGGGCGCUGCCAUGGCAACCAUCAACAGCAUCCAUAGCAACACAGAUGCUGACGUAUUCUUCUACAUUGUCACUUUGCACGACGCUGUCAAACUCACACGACAUUACAUAGAGAAGAGUAAAUUGAGACACAUCAAUUAUAAGAUCCUGGAGUUUAACCCCAUGGUACUCAAAGGGAAAGUGAAGCCAGACUCAGCCCGACCGGAGCUGCUACACCCGUUAAACUUUGUGCGCUUCUACCUUCCCCUGCUGGACAUCCACCACAAAAGACUUAUCUAUGUGGACGACGACGUCAUUGUUCAAGGAGACAUUAGAGGUUUGUUCAGUGUGAAACUUAAACCUGGACACGCUGCAGCCUUUGCCUCAGACUGUGACCUGCCCUACUCCCAUGAGAGAGUCCGCAGCAUCGGCAUGCAGACAACCUACAUGGGCUUCCUGGACUACAGAAAACAGGAGGUGAGAGAUCUGGGCAUCGACCCAAACCACUGCAGCUUCAACCCCGGAGUGUUUGUGGCUGAUGUCGACGAGUGGAGGAGACAGAGAAUCACCAAAGAACUGGAGAGAUGGAUGGAAGAGAACUACAGACAUGACCUGUACAGCAGCGCUCUUGUGGGGGGUGUUGCCACUCCUCCCAUGCUCAUCGUGUUCCAUGAGAGAUUCACAAAAGUGGACCCAAUGUGGCAUGUACGACAUCUGGGCUUCAGUCCUGACGCAUACUAUGCAGAGAGCUACCUACAGGGGGCGCAGCUUCUGCACUGGAAUGGCCCAUUCAAACCGUGGACAUACCCUGCGGUCCACUCUGACCUGUGGGAGAAAUGGUUUGUCCCUGACCCUUCCAGAAGAUUCAGACUGGUGCGGCCCAAAGUAGGAGAGGAGGAAGAGGAGGAGGAGGAGGAGUGAUAAGGACUCAAACAUGCUGUGGAGAGUAUGACUAGUGUUUAAACUUCAUAUGACAGGGUUUCAUUUUUUGUCUGAUUUUGACACUGUUUGGUGGAUAGAACCUGUGCUAAAUAUUUAUCAUAACUGUAGCCUACAUCAGAAGAAAAGUUCAAAAAUACAGGAAGUAGAACUGAGCUCUCCACAGAAUCCAUCUGCCAAUAUUAUCAAUACAGAAAACUCCAUCCAAA